ACCACAACAACUACACCUCUCAUACCACAUACAACGACCUCCAGCAGCCAGCAGCCAGCAGCCAGCAUACAAGACGCUGGACCUGGCCUCACAUACUUGAAAGACGGACAUACUCAUGCGCCGUGUUUACUCCCUCGUUGACUAGAUCUCUGGGUUGACGCUUCCGCCCAUUGAACAUUGAACACUGAACACUGAACAGAAACUCCCAUUCCACCGUCCGCCAGAGACGCCUCGCCCAAGAGAGACCAUCCAGAUACCACUCGUAACCCUGGCCAGCACAGCCUUUCACGUCAGAAGCAAGGGGGAGGGGGAAGGGAAGGCCAGAGUGUGGAAAGAUAUCCGGUCCAGAGACACCAGCAGCCGGUCUAGCAGCAGCAACACCAACAACACGAAGAAGCCAGCCGGCUGUACCACCAAGGGGAUGCCAUCCUGCGGCAGAGGCUCGCGCUACUCAACUAUCACCAUCACUCCGUCAACCUGGAAUCCAGGUUUCACGCCAGACUCAUCUGCCUACAGCUCGCCGGCGCCCUCGGUCCUCGACUCGGACGAGGAGAGGGUGAUGGACGGCUGGCACUUCUCGCGGCCGUCUAGUCUGGCGCUUCCAGGUGGCCCGCUGCUCUCCCGGCCUACGUUGGACGAUGUACUCUCAAACACCGCAGCUCCUCCCUACACGCUCGCUGCCUUCAUGGCCUACCUUUCGCAGAACCACUGCCUCGAGACGCUCGAGUUCACCAUGGACUCCAAGCGCUAUGCUGAGACAUACAAUGCCGUCUCCCGCCAGCUAGGCGAAUUCCCUAUUCUCUCAGACUCCCCGCAAGCAGACCAUCUUUGCAUGCUCUGGCAUAGGCUGCUCUCCGCCUAUGUCAUGCCGGGAUCUCCCAGGGAGAUCAACCUUCCAAGCGCCGUCAGGGAUGCCCUGCUGAGACACUCCAAUCUCAGAAGACCUCCGCCACCCGAGACGCUCGACGCUGCUGUCAAGCGAAUUCACGACCUUAUGGACGAGUCUAUCUUCAUUCCCUUUCUCAACAGCCACGUCUCGCCCCAGUCACAACCGAGCUAUUCCCGAGAUGGCUCUCCCGAGGACCGUGAAGUCGGCCGUCACAAGUCGAUGCGCAAACGGCUAUCACCGCAGUCGUCCUUUGUUACCUCGCCUCGCUCCGCUGCUCCUCCUGGAAGUGGCUAUUUCUCAUACCAUUCUUCUUCAACCCCAUCUACUAGCCCGCCUUCUCACCACACUUCCAUCUCCAGGACAACUACCACCAGCAGCCGCUCCUCUCCCUAUGGCUAUGCCAGUGGUGAUUCCGUCUCAGGCACUCUGACAGACGACUCCGGCAGCAGCCUGCCUUCGAGCCCCGGUGCAGGAGAUCCCAUGACUCCGCCCACAACCCCGCCGUCUAGUGACAUGCACCAUCCCCACCAUCAUCAUUCCAAGAGCCGACAAGACAAUGCCUGGAAGAAGAUGGGCAUGAAGCUUGGUUGGAAAAAGAAGUCUGGUGGCAGCAGCGCCGGUGGUCGUGGAUAUUCAACUACCUCAACCUCCAGGGACACACGAUAUCAAGAUGACAUGUAUUAAUCUUUGCUCUUUCCUUUCUUUUUCCUUCUGCCACUUUUUAGCUUCUCACGCUCUCCUGCUCUUCGCCCUCGCCCUACCAUGUCCCUACCAUGUCCCUUCCAUGCAUAUGGUACAUUCACGGGUCGACCGACCUAUACAUACACAUCAUUUCCAUUCCAUCCCAGACACGACCGGAACGAAAGGCAUAUCAAGAAACCCUAACGACUUUCCCCCCAUUCUUCGCCAAAAGCAAAAUAUUAUCAAAUCCGGACCGCUGGCGUGGUUCUAGACCUCUCUUCUCUUCCUCUUCUUAUACAUACUUGACCAUUAUUUCUUCUGUCUGACUAUUUUAUGGUUAUUUCCUUGCUUGCACUGUACGGAGUUUAUACCCAUGGCCAUGGCAUUGAACAUUCAGCAUUGUUUUUCUUUUUCUCUUCUCCUUAUUUUCCUUGUGUUUACAGCGAAUCCAUGGAUGGAGAGCGUGUAUUAUCUUCUUUCUCUUAACACGACUGAGCAUUUGCUUCAUUCGCAUUCUCAUCAACCAAUGUAUCUAACUAGCUUCACUUCCUCACUUCCCUCGCGACCUUGUCCGUUACAAGGUUCCGUUUGCCCUGCCUUGUCUCUUAGCUAGGGCAAGCCAAUAUGACUUGAUGAAAUGACUAGCAUCAUCCUUGCAGGCAUACCGUGUGCUUCUUUUCCCACCCCCUUGCACAUCCAUACACAUAUGUAAUGUAAUGGAGACAUACGUAAGAGGAAAGGAAUUACACCACUCUCCCACUUUUCGCCGCUGAAGCUGCACGUACGUAAUAUACAGGGGCCAUCUUAUGCAUCUCAACUGCUUAUUCUCCUUGCAUCGCAGCAAGGUAGGCAAAGAAGACAACCCCCAAGGCACCUCUGUAAGCGACAUGCAGAUUAGGUAAGCUCAGCUGGCCUUAUCAUGUGACAGACAUCAAGUCCACAGCCGGUGGACAUGACAUGGACGGGCAGUAUUUGAUAUCAAAUGGACAGAUGGAGCUAGAGAAGCUGUUAGUUUAGCUUGACUCAUGCUACAGAAAUGAGUUAUACCCUUAUGUGCACUCUGGUUGGUGCAUGUGUGCCCGUGGAUUUACCACAGCUUCCUAUAUACAACGCCGGUAUUUCAGUUACAGCAUCAGGAUGGCUUGGACUAUAGCUGGAGACUCCGUAGCAGAGUGCAUAUAUGGACCUUUCAAGGAGGAGCUCUGGCGGCUAACGGGGGUCCAGGGUUGAUACCAGGGCGUCUCUGAUCCGCUAGAGGCCUAGAUCUACCAUUUUCAAAGACACGUCGAUAUCUGUUACUUUAUUCACCAGGAAUGCGACGUUCCGAUUCUUAGCCGGUUUGCUUCAGAGGUCAACAGGAGACAUAUUCCCAGGAAGCUGCCAAUUCAUGCUACAUUUCAGCUCUAUGAUUUGCAGAUCCAAAAUACCCGAGACACAAUAUUAUCUUGCUGUGGGACUAGUUGCUUUUCAAAAACAUUUUCAACGAUCUCGGAGGGUCCUAAUAUUGUCUGGCAAUAUAUACACCCCAAACAAUUUCAUAUAAAGGGCAGACGCUGAAGAAUUGUGUGUUAGAUUCUUCAACGGCAAAGGUGGCGGCUAUUUUCCUUCCAUGGAUUCAAACGGCUGCAGGGUGCGUUUUAGAGUUAACUGCUUUCCUGCCAUGUCAUACGAUACUGGCAUGCUGGCUAAUAACAUCCAUAGUAAGUGUCCGUUUAUACCGCUCUUAUAGCAUCGUUUUAAUGUCACUCUCUUUCUCCCAUCGGAUGGAGGGUAAAUUUAUUCCUGCUGAAAUAUUAGUUAACUUUUUCAAGGAAUCCAGCAAGAUGGAUCUAGAGAGCGGGAUAACAUCAUAGUUACUAGUUCUUCCUAGGGAAAAGAUAGCUAUGCAGGUUGCAACUCUGGUAGUUAUGCUAGCCGAGGCGCCACGAGCUCCUGCAUACGGCAUUGAAUUGCGGUCGGCAUAUGGGGUGUCUUCUAAUCCAGAGAUAUCUAGGUCCAUGCCUAGGUAACGUCUGUGAUACCUUCGGGGCUCCUGGAGCGUAGGUCCGACCCAAUUAGAUGAAGCAAUUAUUAACCUCAUCACCAGCAGACACGGUGCCGACCGAACUCCGAUAAGGACAACUAUUUCAUUUCAUCUUGGCGGCUUCGGUUCAAGUUUAUACCUGGGGUAGGAUCAAUUCAAAGCUGUUGCGAAUAAGAGAAGCCACAAUAUAGUUGCGAAUGGUUGGGUCGUUGGCAGGCCUUGUACUAGCCGCGAUACACGUACCAGGCAACACCCCUCAACAUUUUAACUCAUUAGCAUACACCGUGGAUGUGCGCUUUUGAGCGGCCCCACGCAAACAGCCAUAGAGACCUGGGGGCAUGUCUGGCCAGGUGACUUCUUUUAUGGUUGGGUUAAUUAUUCUGGCGAGUGUGUAUUGAUAAUCCCGACGGGCUUUCUGGGUAAAUCCAAGAAAGAGGAUUCUGGAACUACACGAGUGCUCUGGGAAUGCUGGUGGCGCAGGCGACCAAGUGGUCCAGGGAGAGCUCUGGAUGAGUCAAGCAUCGUGAUUCGGUUCUCAGGCGUGCCGAGCACUCGGCAAUGCUUUACAGGGAGGAAGGGUGUCUUCAAUAAAGGCGUGUCCCGAUUUGGUCAUCCGUUAAUACUGCCCUGGAUAGGAGAGAGACUACGCUGAUGUCAUCCGUCUUAUAGCCAACUGUCUAUAUACGGAUAAUAUCCUUUAAUGUCCCGAGAAGGGGCACACAGGCACGUUUACUUAGCAUGCUCGAUAUAGCUACAACUUCAGCUGCGAAUCCAUAUCUGGCGAGACAUUUCCUAUUACAUCACAUAAGUGUCUCUUAGGGGCAAGGAUUGCUCUCAAUAGCUCACUCCAUCCGAUCCAUAGCAUUCAGCGCCUAUGCGAGAUCUAGAAUACUCAACCGAUUAAUAAGAGAAAUGGACUCCCCAGGUCUCUCUUGCAAACCUGUGGGGGUAGACUUUGCUAAUUACUUUUAUUUACAUAACGUCUAUCUUCUUUGCACAGUCUUCUUGUGUAUGGAUUUCAUUUUGUCGCUGCCGGGGACGCAGGGUGAUCAUGGAAUGGUGCUUAACUCCCUUGCUCAAUUCCCCAUCGCUUACCUAGAUGGUCUCCACCAAUGUCAGCAUGUUGCACCGCUGACUUAAGACCCAAUAUUUUGUAGUCAUGCCAAUGGCAAUCCUGGCGCUGGUAUAGCAUCGUGAAAGCCUUUAAAGAGGUAAACGAGCAGUUAUGCAUGUGAAGGGGGGCCGAGGCGUCUCCAGACUCAGCUUCUCGAACGACGGAGCUUGCCGGGAUACAGGGCGAAGAAGACAGGGCGUUGAACGUUGAGAAAGCAUUUUUUUGCCGUUAGUGUUACGACUAAGAAGGACCUGAAUCUCCCAGAUGUUCGAAGAAUGAUUGAAAUUACCAUAUUCCGUGUCUGAGAAGUCACUUCGAAUACGUAUUAUACGGAGUAUGGAUCUGUGGAUAUGUGAGGGAUUUGAACGAGAUGGUGGGUUAAUGUCCUUAGUCGGAUACUUCCGGUUACUCGUAUGUUUAUUCGAUCAUUUCUCCGCUCCACCUUGUAACCCUUGUAGAUGGGCUGAGUUGCUGUCUGUGUUCUCUGCCGCCGAGGACAACGAGGGCCUCCCCUUAAAAUAUGCCUGAGCAAUAUAUGUGCUGGCAAUUGAAGAAAAUAUGUGCAAACAGCCACUUUAAACAGAAGCAAGGUUAGGUUUAGCCCCCUGGCAGCAGUUUGGUUUUUACCUCAGAUGAAAGCAAUGCGGUUGGGAGAACGGGAUGCAUAAUGGCUUGCUCAGGCUGGUACUAGACGCUGCUUCCCUCAAGACACGGCCGGAAUAAAUAAGGACGGGAUGGUCGUUUAGGUAUAUUCUUCAAUGCCUGCCUUCCUUUGAUGCGGUACUGGACAGGAUUAAUGGACAGGCAAUAUUGAUGCGAAUACGUAAAAAAACAGGCAUAUAUAAGCAGACAGGGAACAUGCUUUGGGGUAGUACAAACCUUUCAAGUCCCUUGAACGGCCAAAGCCAGAGGCCUGAAUAAGGUUGGGGCAGAUCAUACACUUGUAUGCAUUGGAUCCCUCUGUCCCAUUGCCAUCCGGGCCAGUUGCCCUUGCCAUAGCCAGGGCGAGAAGGACAGGCCC